GCCGUAGCGGUCCGCCAGUACGCCGCGAGCCGGAGCCACUCCGACACGCUACGCGCCGCCGUGCUGUGACAGCCACUCGGGCCUCGACGCGCGAGUUCACAGUUCACGCGUGAGAUAAAUAUUACAAUUGUAAUUUAUUACAUCGACAGUUAUUUAGUGAAUUGUGCUGUUUUUGUGAUGUCGUUUAACCUUAAUGCUCGUUAAAUAUUGAAAAGGAAAUUAAGCAAAAGUUACUCGCGAAGUUAAUUAACGGAAGUAAAUGAAAUGAUCAAGAUGAAAAGGAUUUGUCACCUCAUGUUCCGGCUGCUGUUCCUGCUGGACGGUGGAGUGUGGUCCCUCCGCAACCUGUCCAUCUCCGUCCCUCGCGCGGUCCUCUCGGGAGAGGGCCAGUCGGCCGUGCUCCGGUGCUCGUACGACCUGGAGGGAGCCGCGCUGUACUCCAUCCGCUGGUACCGCGCCGAGACCGAGUUCUACAGAUACGUGCCGAGGGAAAUGCCGCCGACCAUGGUGUUUCCUUUACCCGGCGCUUCGGUUGACCUCGCUCAGUCGGAUCACCAGCAAGUGAGGAUAGUGAACUUGAAUCGUCGCCUCAGCGGAGACUAUCAGUGCGAGGUGUCUGCGGAUGCGCCUCUCUUCCACACUGACAUCCGAUCAGCACCCCUUACUGUUGUUGACCCACCGUUUCGAGCACCCCGCCUGUCCGUGUCCCAGCGGAGCUACGCGCGCGGAGACGCCAUCCGCGCCAACUGUUCGGUCGACGAAGCCUAUCCUGCGCCUAACAUUACGUGGAUACUGGAUGACCAUAAGAUAGCAGAGACCAUAUCCUGGCGGACAUCAGAUCAAGAUUUCAAGGAACGCGGUGCCUUCAGUCAGAUGGAGCUGACGAUCCUUGAGGCGGAGCACUACAAAGUGGGGCUGACGUACACCAGCGCGAGCCUCAACAAGGUGUACCAGGACCACUACAUCUACGACCGGGAGAUGGAGGACGAUCGGGAGGUCGUUAGAUACACAAUGGUGCCACCUCCAAGCGGGCAGUUCGCGCUUGGCUGCGUGGCUACGAUCUUUGACAUCUACGCCCGCAAGAGUGAGCCCGUCUACAUCCGGGAGGACGCCCCACAUCCCGCUUCCGUUACUGGAGAAGAUUCCUCCAGCACAACGCUAAGCUACAACAUUCUGCUGACGGGCGCGGCGGGCGUCGUGCUCGCGUUAUGAUUACAUCGCUGCAGCAUCCCGUAAGAUCUUAAGGAAACUGAAUGUUGUGAUAGACAUUAAGGACCACGAGAUAUGAACCACAUUUACUUAUUCAAAUAUUGUAUAGAAGCAGGCGUUGCUUUGCGGAAGUCCAUGAUAUACAAAGAAUCAAAAGAUUAAUUUGCUAAAAUCCGCUAAUAAAGGCAAAUCUGUAUAGUAUAACAUACAGCAUGCAACGCGAUCCAUCCGCCCUCCCACUAAUAUGCAUGCAGCAAAAGCCAGCCACCAAGCAAGCCCCAUGCACCACCACGCAACACCACACAAAUCCACCAGAACACAUUCGACGCUCAUUUCGCUCCGACACCAGAGCAUCCUCAGGAGAUGCAGACCUUACAAUACCAAGGUGGUGAUGCUUAGUGUCUGACUUUUCCUGGGCUGUCUGUCUGUCCGUCUAUCCGUCUGUCCGUCUAUCCGUCGGUCCGUCUGUAUUUAUUUUCAUGCAUACCUAACAGAUUUGAUUUAUCAUGCAAAAUGUCGGAAAAAGGCUUGAGUACGGAACGUGUUUUUAAGGCGGACUCACCAAUAAGUUUCUAUAGCCAAUUUCGUUAAUGUUUUCUUUGUUUAUCUUGUAAGAUGUAUUUGGCAAAUAUUUGUGGUUCGUUCACAUUGGUCUUGCUAAAGUAAUAAUAAAAUAGUUGAUACGUACAAUCGGCAACCAAAAGUUUAUACGUAAUAAAGCAAUUUCGUUUUUAUUGUCAUGUAAAUAAAUGACGAUAGCGUCAAUUUGAUUGGUAAUAUUAUUGUUAAUUGUGUUGAGAGCUGUGCUGCCGGGUGUACUAGCUAUAAGUUAUAUAUUACUUAUUUCAAUGUUAAAAAUACUAUAUGUGAAUAUGUAAAUAAAUUUAUUAGUUA